CGUCGCCAAAGUCAGCACUCGGACAGCCCUGGGACGGAUGAGUAAGAGAAGCCGAAGAACGGUAUCAAACGGAAGCGAAUUCCUACUCGCCUUCUGCCCCUCAUUCCUCUCCUUGCCCGAGGCUGGAAGAAGCCCUCGUCGGUUCUCGACAUGAAGGUCCUGAGCCCCUCGCCGCCCCCCAGCCCCACCGUCGCCGGCUUGGGCGGGCCCCCGUCGCCGGCGGCCUUCCGACGCGCUGUUGGACGCGGCUCCACCGCGCCCGGUGAACGCGAGCGGAGGCUGCACGUGGCGGUGGGGAGGUCGCCCGAAAAGACCCUCCCGCUGCUCCGAUGGGCCUUCCGGCGGUUCGGGUGCAGAGAGAUUGGGUUGCUCCACGUUCACCAGCCGUCUCCGUUGAUCCCCACCCUCUUAGGAAAAAUUCCUGCAAGUCAAGCAAAUGAGGAACUGGUUUCUGUGUAUCGACGAACAGAGAAGGAAAUAACAAAGAGGAUCCUACUGACUUAUUUAAGAUUUUGUCAUGAGGCUCAGGUGCAACCAAGCAUUAUUAUGACUGAGGCUGAACAGAUUCAGAACGGAAUUGUAGAUCUAGUGGUUCAACAUGGUAUCCGUAGACUUGUUAUGGGUUCAGCACCAGAUAAUUGUUUCAAGUUAAAAGGGAGCUCCAGCAAGGUAACGUAUGCUGCAAAGAAUGCGCCUCCAUUCUGUGAGAUAUGGUUUGUCUGCAAAGGUAGACAUGUCUGGACAAGAGAGGCUAGUGAAGGCACAAAUUCUUUUUUAUCGGUUUUUAGUCCAGAUGCAGCUGUACUACAUAAGGACUGCUGUGACCCUAUGCCUAAUCCAGAGUAUGUCUCAUCCAAUACUUUCAUGACUGCUGAUCUCCAAGGAGACAGAGGCAAAUCCAAUAAUACAGGAGUGGUGGUCUCAACUGAUUCUAGUAUUGUCGAUAGCACAAAUCUAUCUAAUUCAGAAUGUUCCCCGUCAUGUCCUACUUCACCUGUUGAUAUAGGGUUCUUAUCAGAAAUCAACUCCCAGGAUAAACUGGAGCCCGAAGUCUUUUUUGAUCAGCUCAAAGAAGUUAAUUUAGAAGUUGAAAGAUCAAAGAAAGAAGCAUUUGUAGAACUAGUGAAGCGCAGAGAAGUGGAAACAGAAGUUGAAGAAGCUCUUGACAAGGUAAAAGCUCUUGAAGCUGCCCAUGCACGUGAAAUUAAAAUCAGAGAAGAACUUGAAGACCUUUUAACAACGAUCAAGUUGCAGCAUAAAGAGCUCAUAAAUCAAAGGGAUGAAACCAUGAAAGAGUUACAGAAUGCCUUGAGUACCAUAGCCACUCUUGAUGCCGGUGCUCAAGAAAUGUCUCUUCGCAGGGAUGAAGCUGCAGCUGAAUUGGAUCUCAUCCAGUCAUCUAUAGCGAUUCUCAGGCUUGAAAGGCAGAAGAUCCAAGAGCAGGAAGAGAAAGCUGUUGCACAGCUUGAGAGGUGGAGGUGUAAUAGUCAAGCCACAUCUCCAAAUUGCAGUCAGCUUAUUGGUUUCGGCGGAGAUUCAUAUAAUUUGACAGAGUUUGCAUUGUCAGAUCUGGAAUCUGCUACUUGCGGAUUCUCGGGGAGCUUCAAAUUAGGACAGGGAGGCUAUGGAUGUGUUUAUAAAGGAGAGAUAUUUAAUAGAAGUGUGGUGAUAAAAAAGUUGCAUCCACACAAUGUUCAAGGUCAGAUGGAGUUCCAACAAGAGGUUUCUGUCCUGAGCAAACUUAGGCACCCGCAUCUGGUGACCUUGGUUGGUGUGUGCCCAGAAGCCUUAUCCCUUGUUUAUGAGUAUCUGCCAAAUGGAACUCUCCAUGAUCGUCUCUUUUGCAAAACUACCACACCUUCAUUGACCUGGAGGGUCCGAACAUGCAUUGCUGCUCAAAUCUCAAGUGCUCUCCUCUUCCUGCACUCCUCCAAACCUGAAAAGAUCAUUCAUGGAGACCUGAAGCCUGAGAACAUCUUCCUUGAUUCCAAUUUUAACUGCAAAAUUGGUGGCUUUGGUACUUGCCGGCUGGUGCCAGAGGAUGUAGAGUAUUACCCCUUGUUUCGCCGAAACACAGAGCGGAAGGGUGCAUUCUCUUAUGCUGACCCACAGUACCAAAGGACUGAAAUGUUGACACCAAAGUCUGAUGUGUACUCCUUUGGGAUCAUUAUUCUUCAGCUGCUCACUGGGAGGCCUCCACAUGGGUUAGCCAGUGAGGUACGGAGGACAGUGUUGUCCAGGAAAUUAUCCUCAAUUUUGGAUCCUGCAGCAGGAGAAUGGCCUAGUGAUGUGGCAAGAAGGCUUUCAGAGUUUGGGUUGCAAUGCAGUGAGCUAAAUAGCCGGGAUCGUCCAGAACUGACACCUGAGGUUGUGAGAGAGUUGGAACAACUACAUCUGAUGGAGGAACGGCCAGUGCCCCCAUUCUUCUUGUGUCCCAUUCUUCAGGAAAUCAUGCAUGAUCCACAAGUAGCAGCUGAUGGAUUUACUUACGAAGGAAGAGCUUUGCGAGGUUGGUUGGAGAGUGGUCGAGAAACUUCUCCUAUGACUAAUUUGAAAUUAAAACAUCUGAAUCUUGCUCCAAACCAUGCCCUUCGGUUUGCUAUACAGGAUUGGCUAUGCCACUGUUGAAGCUGAAUACCAUGAGCAGGUGCCAUCACCCAUAGUUCUGAUACCAUCAUACAUGAUAGUGUAUAUUGAUGUACACAUAAAAAUGCAUUUAUGUAUUAUUGGUGUACAGGGAAGCGAUAUCAAAAUAUAUAUUCCUACCACUAGUACUUCAUCGUAUCAAGACCUGAUUGUAGGUCAUGCGUAGUGACAGAUUUUGGAUCCAGUAUGUCGGUCAUCGAUUCAUUUAUUUGUUAAUGAUUAUUUUUGCAAGAAUUUGUGCUUUU